CCGGAAGCGCGCAUUGAUUUCUCAAUGGCGAGUGCAGGCUGCUUUAAAGAAGAAGAAGGAGGGCAACCAGGAAAAAGACAAACCCACUAAUCUCUUAUUAAAUCAUUAACAAACCACCAGCGGGAUUAUUUACACGGUUUUCACGCUCACUCCUGAAACUGAGGAUUAUUCUUUCUGGAUAUGGGAUCUACCUUCCAGGUCCCCACCUGCUGGGCACCAUGAUGGUGCUCCCUGCCCCAGCUGAGCCCCUCGCUGCCCUCUGAAGAAGCAGGAUGACAAGAUGGCACAGCUGCUUGUACCGCCCGGACCUGACAGCUUCCUCCCCUUCGUCCCCGAGUCGCUGGCCGCCAUCGAGAGGCGCAUCGCCGAGGAGGAGGCCCGGAGACCACGGGCGGAGCGCCGCAGCGACAGCGAUGAUGAAAAUGGGCCGAAGCCCAAUAGUGACCUGGAGGCGGGGAAAUCUCUCCCCUUCAUCUAUGGGGACACCCCCUCCCACCUGGUGUCCACCCCUCUGGAGGACCUGGAUACCUUCUACAGCAAUCAGAAGACCUUCAUAGUAUUGAAUCGGGGGAAGGCAAUCUUCCGUUUCAACGCCACUCCUGCCUUGUACAUCUUAAGCCCCUUCAACCCCCUAAGGAGGAUAGCUAUUAGAGUUUUAGUACACUCUUUGUUCAGCAUCUUGAUCAUGUUCACUAUCCUGACCAACUGUGCUUUCAUGACCCUCAGUAAUCCCCCAGAAUGGGCCAAGAAUGUAGAAUACACAUUCACAGGGAUUUACACCUUCGAGUCCCUUAUAAAAAUCCUGGCCAGGGGCUUCUGUCUGGGGAAGUUCACUUUCCUGCGGGACCCGUGGAACUGGCUGGAUUUCAGUGUUAUCCUCAUGGCAUAUGUCACAGAGUUUGUGGACCUGGGCAAUGUCUCAGCACUGCGAACCUUCAGGGUUCUGCGAGCCCUGAAAACUAUAUCAGUCAUCCCAGGCCUGAAGACCAUUGUGGGCGCACUGAUCCAGUCGGUAAAGAAGCUGUCGGACGUGAUGAUCCUCACGGUGUUCUGUCUCAGCGUCUUCGCCCUCAUCGGCCUGCAGCUCUUCAUGGGCAACCUGAGGCAGAAGUGUGUGCGUUAUCCGUUUACCAGCAACGCCACCAACAGCAGCAACGUAACCAGCGACGACGACGACAUGUUUUUCAACAACUCCCUGAUGGACAUCAACACUACGUUUGUGCAGAACGCCACAGAGAACCCCUUCAACUGGACGGAGUACAUCAGCGAUCCGGAUAAUUACUAUUACCUCCCUGGACGCAGGGAUGCUCUGCUCUGUGGGAACGGCAGCGGUGCUGGGCUCUGCCCAGAGGGUUUCACGUGUAUGAAAGCGGGUCGUAAUCCAGAUUACGGCUACACCAGCUUCGACACCUUCAGCUGGGCCUUCCUCUCUCUGUUCCGACUCAUGACCCAGGACUUCUGGGAAAACCUCUACCAGCAGACUUUGCGUGCUGCGGGGAAACCCUACAUGAUCUUCUUCGUGCUGGUGAUCUUCCUGGGCUCCUUCUACCUGGUCAACCUGAUCCUUGCCGUGGUGGCCAUGGCGUACGACGAGCAGAACCAGGCGACCAUCGAGGAGGCGCAGCAGAAGGAGGAGGAGUUCCAGGCCAUGCUGGAGCAACUGAAGAGACAGCAGGAGGAGGCACAGGUUGCCGCAGCAGCAGCCACAGAGAGCGGCGAGUACAGCGGGAGAGGGGGCCCCACCGCCGAGUCCUCCUCGGGGACGUCUAAGCUGAGCUCCAAGAGUGCCAAGGAGCGACGCAACAGGCGGAAGAAGAGGAAGCAGAGGGAGGAGGAGGAGGAGAGGGGAGUGCGCAAGUUCCACAAGUCAGAGUCCGAGGACAGCAUCAAGCGCUCCAGCUUCCGCUUCUCUGUGGAUGCCAACCGCCUCUCUUAUGAGAAGAGAUGCUCCUCGCCCAACCAGUCUCUCCUCAGUAUCCGAGGGUCCCUGCUGUCUCCUCGGAGGAACAGCCGCGCCAGCCUCUUCAGCUUUCGCGGCCGGGCGCGCGACAUGGGCUCCGAGAACGACUUCGCCGACGACGAGCACAGCACCUUCGAGGAGAGCGACAGUCGCCGCGGCUCCCUGUUCCUGCCGCGCCGCCUCGAGCGCCGCUGCAGCGCCGUCAGCCAGACGAGCCUCGGGGCGCCUCGGGUCAUGCUGCCCGCCAACGGGAAGAUGCACUGCGCCGUCGACUGCAACGGCGUGGUGUCGCUGGUCGGUGGAACGUCUGUAACAACCUCCCCUGUAGGUCUCCUGCUGCCUGAGGGAACAACGACAGACACCGAGUUGAAGAAACGCCGAUCAGGAUUUCACCAGCCGUCCAUGGAUUAUCUGGAUGAACCAGUGGGUCGGCAGAGAGCCAUGAGUGUGGCCAGUAUCCUCACCAACACCAUGGAAGAGCUUGAAGAGUCGAGACAGAAGUGCCCCCCCUGCUGGUAUCGAUUUGCCAACACCUGUCUGAUCUGGGAUUGUUAUCCGGAGUGGCUGAAAAUCAAGGAGGUGGUCAACAUGGUGGUCAUGGACCCCUUCGUGGAUCUGGCCAUCACCAUCUGCAUCGUGCUCAACACCCUGUUCAUGGCCAUGGAGCAUUACCCCAUGACGAAGGAAUUCAACACCGUGCUCUUGGUUGGAAACCUGGUGUUCACCGGUAUCUUCACAGCGGAGAUGUGUUUCAAGAUCAUCGCCCUGGAUCCCUACUACUACUUCCAGGAGGGCUGGAACAUCUUUGACGGCAUCAUCGUUAGUCUGAGUCUGAUGGAGCUCGGCCUGGCCAACGUGGAAGGCCUGUCUGUGCUCCGCUCCUUCAGACUGCUGAGGGUCUUCAAACUGGCCAAGUCGUGGCCCACCUUGAACAUGCUGAUUAAGAUCAUCGGUAACUCGGUGGGCGCUCUGGGGAACCUGACGCUGGUGCUCGCCAUCAUCGUCUUCAUCUUCGCCGUGGUGGGCAUGCAGCUGUUUGGCAAGAGCUACAAGGAGUUUGUGUGCAACAUCUCCGACGACUGUCAGCUGCCGCGCUGGCACAUGCACGACUUCUUCCACUCCUUCCUCAUCGUGUUCCGGGUGCUGUGUGGAGAGUGGAUCGAGACCAUGUGGGACUGCAUGGAGGUGGCAGGGCAGUCCAUGUGCCUGAUAGUCUUCAUGAUGGUCAUGGUCAUUGGAAACCUUGUGGUCCUAAACCUGUUCCUGGCUCUCCUCCUGAGCUCAUUCAGCGCUGACAACCUGGCAGCCACUGACGACGACAGCGAGAUGAACAACCUGCAGAUCGCCGUGGGCCGCAUCCAGCGGGGCAUCGCGUUCAUCAAAUCUGCGGUGCGGCAGUUCCUCCAGAGCCACUGCUUCGGCGGGGGCAGCAAGGGAUCCGGUCUGACCGAGGAGAGCAAACCCCUGGACGAACUGCACAGCAACGGCAAAGGCAACUGUAUCUCUAAUCACACCACACUGGAGAUCACCAAAGAGCCCAGUAGGGUGUACAUGACAGAGGGCAACGGGCGGCCAGGAGGGGGGCUGGUGGUCGGGGUCAGGGACACGGUGGUGAAGUACCCCAUCGAGGAAUGUGACUACAUGUCAUUUAUUCACAACCCCAGCCUCACGGUCACUGUGCCCAUCGCUGUGGGCGAGUCAGACUUUGAGAACCUGAACACGGAAGAUUUCAGCAGCGACUCGUCGGACGUGGAGGGCAGCAAGGAGACUCGGCAGUUUAACCUCUCAUCUUCUUCCCGGCCCGUGCAGAAGCUCGACACAGAGCCCAAGCGUCUGAGCUCAUCGGAGGGGAGCACGGUUGAUAUCCGGCCCCCGGGAGACGGGGUUGACUCGGUGGAGCUGGAGCCAGAGGAGUCUAUGGAACCGGAGGCCUGCUUCACAGAGGGCUGUGUGAGCAAGUUCCAGUGCUGCCAGAUCAACGAGGAUAACGACCAUUAUAAGAACUGGUGGAAUCUGAGGAAGACCUGCUUCAUCAUAGUGGAGCACAACUGGUUUGAGUCCUUCAUCAUAUUUAUGAUCCUGCUCAGCAGUGGGGCGCUGGCUUUCGAGGACGUUUACAUCGAGCAGCGGAGGACCAUCAAGACGAUGCUGGAGUACUCGGACAAGGUCUUUACUUAUGUCUUCAUCCUGGAAAUGCUGCUGAAGUGGGUGGCAUACGGCUUCGUCAAGUACUUCACCAACGCCUGGUGCUGGCUCGACUUCCUCAUCGUAGACGUGUCCCUGGUGAGCCUCGUAGCCAACGCUAUGGGCUACUCGGAGCUUACCGCUAUCAAAUCUCUGAGGACGCUACGAGCCCUCCGGCCCCUGAGGGCCCUGUCUCGGUUUGAGGGCAUGAGGGUCGUGGUGAACGCGCUGCUGGGCGCCAUCCCCUCCAUCAUGAACGUGCUGCUGGUCUGCCUCAUCUUCUGGCUCAUCUUCAGCAUCAUGGGCGUCAACCUGUUCGCGGGGAAGUACUACUACUGCGUCAACACCACCUCGGACGAGGUCUUCCCCAUCCACAUCGUCAACAACAAGACGGACUGCCUGAACCUGAUCAACGACAGCGGCCGCUGGAAGAACGUCAAAAUCAACUUUGACAACGUGGGGGCCGGGUACCUGGCUCUGCUGCAAGUGGCAACGUUUAAGGGUUGGAUGGACAUCAUGUACGCAGCCGUGGACUCUCGAGACUUGGAAGAUCAGCCCAAAUAUGAAGUGAACCUGUACAUGUACCUCUACUUUGUCAUAUUCAUCAUCUUCGGCUCCUUCUUCACCCUCAACCUGUUCAUUGGUGUCAUCAUCGACAACUUCAACCAGCAGAAGAAAAAGUUUGGAGGUCAGGACAUUUUCAUGACUGAAGAACAGAAGAAAUACUACAACGCCAUGAAGAAGCUGGGCUCCAAGAAACCACAGAAACCGAUACCUCGACCGACAAACGCUUUCCAAGGCUGCGUGUUCGACUGCAUCACAAAGCAGGCGUUCGACAUCGUCAUCAUGAUCCUCAUCUGCCUCAACAUGGUGACCAUGAUGGUGGAGACCGACGACCAGACGAAGGAGAUGGACGACAUCCUCUACCUGAUCAACAUGGUCUUCAUCGUGCUCUUCACUGGGGAGAGCGUGCUCAAGAUGAUCUCCCUGCGUCACUAUUACUUCACGAUUGGCUGGAACAUAUUUGACUUUGUGGUGGUGAUCCUGUCCAUCGUGGGAAUGUUUUUAUCCGAAGUUAUCGAGAAAUACUUUGUGUCCCCAACGCUGUUCCGAGUGAUCCGUCUGGCCAGGAUAGGCCGCAUCCUCCGUCUCAUCAAAGGCGCCAAGGGCAUCCGGACGCUCCUCUUCGCCCUCAUGAUGUCGCUCCCUGCCCUCUUCAACAUCGGCCUCCUCCUCUUCCUCGUCAUGUUCAUCUACGCCAUCUUCGGGAUGUCCAACUUCGCCUAUGUCAAGCGUGAAUCAGGAAUCGAUGACAUGUUCAAUUUCGAGACCUUCGGGAACAGUAUGAUCUGUUUGUUUCAGAUCACCACCUCAGCCGGGUGGGACAGCCUCCUGGCGCCCAUACUGAACAAACGGGAGCCCGACUGCGACAGCCGGAUGGAGCACCCGGGCAACAAUUACAAAGGCAACUGCGGCAACCCGUCGGUGGGCAUCUUCUUCUUCGUCAGCUACAUAAUUAUCUGCUUUCUCAUUGUGGUCAACAUGUACAUCGCCGUCAUCCUGGAGAACUUCAGCGUGGCCACGGAGGAGAGUGCCGAGCCGCUGAGCGAGGACGACUUUGAGAUGUUCUACGAGGUGUGGGAGCGCUUCGAUCCAGGCGCCACUCAGUUCAUGGAGUACAGCAAGCUUUCUGACUUUGCAGACGCUCUAGACCCGCCGCUGCGCAUGCCCAAGCCCAACAUGAUCCAUCUCAUCUCCAUGGAUCUGCCGAUGGUGAGUGGCGAGCGAAUCCACUGUCUUGACAUCCUGUUCGCCUUCACCAAGCGCGUGCUGGGCGAAGGCGGCGAGAUGGACGUGUUGCGCGGGCAGAUGGAGGAGCGCUUCAUGGCCUCCAACCCCUCUAAGGUGUCUUACGAGCCCAUCACCACCACCCUGCGCCGCAAACAAGAGGACAUGUCGGCUGUCAUUAUCCAGAGAGCCUUCCGCCGCUACAUGAUCUGUCUGGCCAUGAAGAAGGCAUCCACCCUCUACAAGGAGAAGCUGAAGGAGGGCAUCCGCGACCCCGACAAGGACGUGAUGGUCAUCAGCAAGUUCACCGAGAACUCCACCUCGGACAAAACGGACAUGACGCCGUCCACGGCCUCCCCGCCCUCCUACAACAGCGUGACGAAAUCGGACAAGGACAAAUACGAGAAGGAGAACAGGGAGAAGGAAAACAAAGGAAAAGACUCGAAAGAACGAAAGAAAUAGACUUUUUUUUUUUUUUUAAAGGAACAAAACAUUCAAAUCAGAGACAUGAGAGAAAUUUGUUUACAGCUUCUGAGGGCGGGUAGAUAGACCUACGCUUGUGUGUGGAUUGUGGAGGAAUGCUCCGCCAGGGAGGCCUAAGAAUCUGAGUGUGGUUUGAUGGGUCUGCUCAGAGCGGAGAUGUGGAAACGAAUGAUCCAGCAGACACUGCCAGAGUCGAGUGGAACAUGAUAGAGCCUCUCUGCAAAUCGCUUGUGAUUUUCCUAUUGGUUGUUGUUACUAUCUGACACACUUGAGUGUACUGUUAAGUUGUCUGUAGCUAGUGCUGCUGCUACUAAUAUAAAUCCAGUGUCUUGAAUUUAACAAUAGCUGUAUCACUUAACGAGUACUCUGCAUUUUCUUGUUUGUUUUCUUUUGGUUUUAAGAUUUUCCUUUUUUAUGAGAAAGAAUGUUUUCUACUUUUUUGUGUCUUUAUCGUGAGAAUGUGUCCACUGCUUUCACUGUUGUAAAAUCACCAAGGGCAGAACAAGUCGAUGCUGGAAACUACGACAGCCAUGUGAAGCUGGUACGAUGCAGGGUCAGGACCACGUCAACGCUAGAUCAAGUGCAAUGGACAGAUACACACACACACACACCAGUGAUUGUUCAAAUCUGUAUUGUGCUUCUGUCUGAACGGCCAUCUCCCCCAUUUCAAUAGGAUACACAAGUCUCUAGAUUCAGAGAAGCUGAAUGUAUGCAAGCAGAAGGAAUGAGAUACAUGUUUGACAUUCAGGGAAACGUGCCUGGUUUCGUUAUUGUGAGAGUGAGAUGAGAAGAUUUCAUCAAUUUAGCCGCUGGCGUCCGGAAAGGCUCAUUUAUACUCAACGCAAGAUUCUGACUCUUUUCAUAGAUAAAGGCUGCAAAACUGAGCUUUAACACUGGACUCACGUGUGUGAGAUGCGUUAACACCCGACGGUGGUCGUCCCCGACACUUGGCACUGACGCCAUCGUCAUAGCAGCAACAAUCACAGUUGGCUUUUGUGUUUUUACGUAAAUAUAUUGUCAAGUAGAAUUGGUAAUAUGAAAGUAAAGGAGAAAGAGGAUCUUCGGCUGAUACCUCAACCCCCAGUAAACCUUGACAUUUGAGUUUUUUACUGAACUAAGCAGAAGCGACAUGAUCAUUUCUGGGCAUUAAAAGCAUUUUUCAGCUUUGCAGUGAACCAGUUAUUUUCUUCUUCAGCUUUAGCUAAGAUACAAACACGAGAACAGCAUCAAUCUCCUCAUCCAACUCUUGACGACAAAUCCGUACAUUUCCCUAAAAUGUCGGAGUGAUUUCCUGGAGGUGACGCGCACAUGUGAUCGUUUCAUCCGCUGUCGUAUUGCAGUGUCUCUUCUAACAGACUCCUUGUCUCCCACCACCCCCCUCUCCUCCGUCCCACCUCCUCCAGAGCUCUUGUAAAGAAAUGAUCUCAAGUAAUAAAAUAUACUAAAAAAGGAACAACGUCAAUCUCUCUAACUGCUCGAAUGAAGGUUAUAAUGUCACAACUUGUUUGUUUGACGUUCAUGUUGUUUUUGUACUGUAAAUAAUAUCCGGGCCAACAGUAUAUGUAAGAGCCCUUUUUAUCCCCCACUGCUAUGUAACACCACAUGUAAGUGUGUGUGGGAGAGAAAGUUUGCACGUGUCUGUGUUUGUAUGUGAGUGUUGUUUAUGUUCUGCUGCAGUUGCGAAACUUCAAACUUCAGUCAUUACGUGAUGAAGGCAGCCUUGGACAGGAAGUCACGUCAUCAGACGGUUGCUCAACCGGGUACAGCCCUGCCCGCCAGCCUCAGCCCGCCAGCCUCAGCCCCCAGCCUCUGUCCCUGCACCAGGUCUUUGUAGCGUUCAGAUUCUCUCUCAAAUGCCUCCUCGCACCCCUCGGCACAGUCAGCUCCACUUGGAUGAUCUUCUUUCCUUCAGUAUAGAACAGGACUGCAUUUAGACAACAUCUGGAAACUGGAGCCAUCUUUUGCUCUUGAGUUGAUGUUUCCCGGUUCUCUCCUGCUCCAGAAUGUCAGCGAGCACAGUCUGUACUUUGUCGUGGCUCCACAAGUAUCUGCCCUGGGUCGGAGCAAUCAUGGUGCCCAUUUGCCCACAGAGCUUGCACAUCGGGCCGCUUCUUCUGCCCCAAAUGUGCAGGUUCACAGGGGUGUGAAGGGGGUCGUAGACGGCCCUUAGCUAGAAGGAGAUCCAGAAAGGCUCUAGGCCCAUAGGUCAGCUCUUGUUGACUUCCUCUUGGGGAGGUCACCCCUUGUCCAGGCUCCCUGGGAUCCUCGCUCCACUGCUCUUGACUUAGGCCACAGUUCUCCUCUCCUUUGGGUUGGCUUUCCCCCAUCGUUCCCAGUCCUUGCCUUUCGAUGAUGUCCUUGAGUUUGAGGUUUCCUUCUGUUUGGGCCAAUAUCAUAUUAUAGAGAUUGUUUUUACUGUAGAUAUGAGUCCAUUUGAUUUACGUUUUUCCUCCAGGUGUUUUUCUUUUUUUUUCUGCACUGUAACACACAUGUUUGGUCCCAUAUCUGUAGAUACAAACCAUGAAGCAAUCAGUAGCCAGCUCUCAUUGCGCUUGUAGUGUUUUUAGUGAACUGCAUGCAAGUGACUACUGUCUGCUCAUGUGGUCAUAUCAUUUUAAAGCCAAAAGAAUAAAGGACAUAUUUUUUGUAAA